UUUGCUUCUUUCCUCCAUGUACCCAAGUCAAUAACCCCAUAAACCCUAACCCCGUCUGUCUCUCUCUCUCUCUCUAACCGCCACAUUAUGGGAACACCAGAGACAUCUCGAGAACCGUGCCCCGAUCGAAUCCUAGACGACGUCGGCGGAGCAUUCGGCAUGGGCGCAGUCGGCGGCUCGGCCUUCCACUUUCUCAAAGGUGUCUACAACUCGCCGAGAGGGGAGCGUCUUAUCGGCGGUUCACAAGCGGUGCGAAUGAACGCGCCGCGAGUCGGCGGCAGCUUCGCUGUGUGGGGAGGGCUUUUCUCCACCUUUGAUUGCACCAUGGUCUAUGUCCGCCAAAAGGAGGAUCCAUGGAACUCUAUAAUCGCCGGGGCAGCUACCGGCGGCUUCUUGCAAAUGCGCCAGGGGCUCGGCGCGGCUUCGCGAUCCGCUCUAUUCGGCGGAGUCCUCUUGGCUCUUAUUGAAGGUGCUGGUAUAAUGUUGAAUAAGUUCACGAGUGCUCAACAAAUGCCUCCGAUUAUUGUUGAUGAGCCAAUGCCCAAUACGCCUGGUGGAAUUGGGUUUCAGUUGCCUAAUAAUCGGGCUCAGCAAGAAUCAUCGUCGUCUUCUUCAUCAUCAGCGGAUUCGACCUCGUCACCUUGGUUUGGGGGGUGGUUUGGAGGUAAAAAAGAGGAAGAGAAGAACAGUGGUGGAGUGAAAACAGGGGUUUUGGAGAGUUUUGAUACACCGAUUCCGCCGACUUUUGAGUUCAAGUGAAUUUAUUUGUGGAAUUUUUACGGUUUGGUGUUCUAAUCCUAAUCCUAUUGUUGAAUUGAGGUUUUGGAUGUUUUAAUGUUGGUUAAUGUUAUGGAAUGAUAUUAUAUCUUGAUAUUGUCUCUUUUUCAAAUGUCUUCGAAUUAUAUAGUGGCAGCAUUGUACGAUAAUGGAUUGUUUGAGCAACAAGGAAAGAAUUCAAAGUUUUUACCAUUCAAUCAAAUUUAGUAGUGUGCGAUUGUUUGGCUUAUGUUUCUGUCUCUUAACCAUGUUAUGACUUGCAGACUCCAGACAUGGAUAUUAUGACUUUUGGUUGUACUUCAUCUUGU